AAUGAAUACUUAUAAUGUAGUUAGUUUUGAUUUUACACGAAAUGAUGGAUUAGUAACAGUAAAAGUGAGACCCAAGAUAACAAAUUAAAUAAAUACAGUUAUAAUAUCAAAAAUAAAGAAUUAUUAAUUGUUAAAGGAAAAAUAUAGAUGUCUUAAAAGUGAUAUUUAAAAUCUCAAAGCUCUUUUAAAGAGAUCUUAUAAUGUGAGAGAAUUUAGAGAAUUUUAUAGAAUUUAUGGACCUAAAUUAAUAGAAAUAGAUUUUGGUUUUAUUGAAUUAUUUAAUCUGAAAGUAAAAAAUAUUAAAUCAAUAAUAGGGAGAAAACUAGUUUUCUAUUGAGGAAAUUUAUUAAUUUAAAAAAGAUGUAAAUUUUAUGAGAUGGGGAAAAUUGUUUACAAUAUCUCAACUUGAGAGAUUUAAGGAUGGUUCAUCAGUGUAAGAUUAAAUAGUUGGAUUGCAGUAAGAAUUUAUAUAAAAUAUUAGAUUUUAUAAUAUGCUUGUAAAAGAAAGAAUAUAUACUUUAAGAACAUUGCGUUAUUAUAAGAAUGAUGUUGAAAGAAAAAAAUUUCCUUAUUAAUUCUUAUAUAUUUAUGAUUUAGAAGAUAGCCUAUAAAUUAAUUUAUCAUCUUUUUAGGAGUAUUUAUCAUAAAUUUAAGAUGAAAUAUAUACAAAAACUAAAAUGUAAGAAUAACAAUUGCCAUCAUUGAAAAUUCAAUUCUUUAAAAAAUAAUUUCAAAAUUUUUAAUUUUAAAACAUAAUAGCUCCUUUUCUCUAAUUAAAGUUUGAUGAAUAAAAGUUGAUAUAAUUAUUUUUUAUUCAUUUCAAUUUGAGUGGUUAUCAAAUUAAAAAUUAUUAAAAUAGUAAUGAUGAUUAAUUAGAAAAAAAAGAAUUAUUAAAAUAUAAAUGUUAUAUAUUUGUAAAUCAUGAUACUACAUUUUAUUCUUAUGAAUAAUUAAGGAAUGGUGCUAUAGAAUUUGCAAAUAUUCAUGAUUUUACCAUAUCAAACAGCGAUAUCUUAUUUAUUAAUAUUAAAAAGUAAUUAAGAUCUUUUUAUUAAGUUAAGAAAAUAAUUUUUUAGAGGAAUAUGUAAAAUACAUUGAAUCUGAAUUUUUUUUACCAGAAAUAUCAAUUGAGAGAUAAAUGAAUUAUAUAUUUAACGAAUUACCCAAAGAGAUCUCUAAAAAGCCAUUUAAUAGUAUUUUAGAUGAAAAAUUCAUCAUUCCAUAAAAUAUUUAGAAUAUAAUGAAGUAGUUAUCAGGUGAAUUAAAAUGA